AUGACUGACGCGCUGCUGCCCGCAACCCCGCAGCCGCUGGAGAAGGAGGGCGACGGCUACUUUCGGAAGGGUUGUAAUCCCCUUGCGCAAACCGGCCGGAGCAAACUGCAGAAUCAAAGGGCAGCCUUGAACCAGCAGAUCCUGAAAGCUGUUCGGAUGAGAAGCGGAGCAGAAAACCUUCUGAAAGCAGCCACGAACCACAAGGUGCGGGAGCAGGUGCGCCUAGAGCUAAGCUUCGUGAACUCAGACCUGCAGAUGCUCAAGGAAGAGCUGGAGGGGCUCAACAUCUCAGUGGGAGUCUACCAGAGCACAGAGGAGGCAUUUACGAUUCCCCUGAUUCCUCUUGGCCUGAAGGAAACCAAAGAUGUUGACUUUUCAGUCGUUCUGAAGGAUUUUAUCCUGGAACACUACAGUGAAGAUAGCUAUUUAUAUGAAGAUGAAAUCGCUGAUCUUAUGGAUCUGAGACAAGCUUGUCGGACACCCAGCCGGGAUGAGGCUGGUGUUGAACUGCUGAUGAGUUACUUUAUCCAGCUGGGUUUUGUGGAGAGUAGAUUCUUCCCACCCACCAGACAGAUGGGGAUCUUGUUUACAUGGUACGACUCCCUCACUGGGGUUCCGGUCAGCCAGCAGAACUUGCUACUGGAGAAGGCCAGCGUUCUGUUUAACAUCGGAGCCCUCUACACACAGAUCGGGACCCGGUGUAAUCGGCAGACACGAGCUGGGCUGGAGAGUGCCAUGGACGCCUUUCAGAGAGCUGCAGGGGUUUUAAACUACCUGAAAGAGACCUUUACUCAUACUCCAAGUUACGACAUGAGCCCUGCCAUGCUCAGCGUGCUGGUCAAAAUGAUGCUCGCUCAAGCCCAAGAAUGCGUGUUUGACAAAAUCUGCCUUCCUGGGAUCCAGAAUGAGUUCUUCAUGCUGGUGAAGGUGGCUCAGGAGGCUGCCAAGGUGGGAGAGGUCUACCAGCAGCUGCACACAGCCAUGAGCCAGGCGCCGGUGAAGGAGAACAUCCCCUACUCCUGGGCCAGCUUGGCCUGUGUGAAGGCCCACUACUAUGGGGCCCUGGCCCACUACUUUGCCGCCACCCUCCUCAUCGACCAUCAGUUGAAGCCUGGUGCAGAUGAGGACCACCAGGAGAAGUGCCUGUCCCAGCUCUAUGACCACAUGCCCGAGGGACUGACACCCUUGGCCACACUGAAAAACGGACACCAGCGCAGACAGCUGGGAAAAUCGCAUCUGCACAAAGCCAUUGUCCAUCAUGAGGAGUCUGUGAGGGAGGCCAGCCUAUGCACGAAGCUCCGCAACAUCGAGGUGCUCCAGGAGGUGCUUUCCGUGGCACAGCAGCGCUCUCGGCUCAAGUAUUCUCAGCACCAAGAGGCCGAUGAUCUAGUGAACUUAAUCGAUGCUCCUGAUGUUGUUUCUAAAACUGAGCAAGAAGUUGAAAUCAUACCGCCACAGUUCUCCAAGGUGACAGUAACAGACUUCUUCCAGAAGCUGGGCCCCCUAUCUGUGUUUUCGGCUAACAAGAGAUGGACACCGCCUCGAAGCAUUCAUUUCACUGUAGAACAAGGGGACUUGGGGUUCACCUUGAGAGGAAACUCCCCAGUUCAAGUUCACUUCCUGGAUCCUUAUUGCUCAGCAGCACUGGCAGGAGCCAAAGAAGGAGAUUAUAUUGUUUCUAUUCAAGAGGUGGACUGUAAGUGGCUGACACUGAGUGAGGUUAUGAAACUGCUGAAGAGCGCUGGCAAGGACGACAUUGAGAUGAAGGUCGUGAGUCUCCUAGACUCCACGUCGUCCAUGCAUAAUAAGAGCGCCACAUAUUCUGUGGGAAUGCAGAAAACCUACUCCAUGAUCUGUUUGGCCAUAGAUGAUGAUGAUAAAACUGAUAAAACCAAGAAAAUCUCGAAAAAGCUCUCCUUCUUGAGUUGGGGCACCAACAAGAACAGGCAGAAGUCCGCCAGCACCCUGUGCCUUCCAUCCGUUGGGGUUGCGAGGCCCAGUGUCAAGAAGAAGCUCCCCUCUCCUUUCAGCCUUCUCAGCAAUGACAGUUCUCUGUACUAAUAUGAGGAAACAAAAACGUUUAGGCCCAAAACAUUUCUGAGUGCUGACAUGGCCUUAAUACUUGUGCCAUAAUGGAAAAUUUUCUAUCUCAUAUCUGGUUUUCUUAGUCUAAACUUGCUGUUGGUAUUUUUUUCUGAAGGAAAGUAACCAGAAACCUCUAGAAAUGUGAGGAUAACAAACUGAUUCGAGUUUCACUAUAUUGCUGCAAAAGGAGCCCUGGUGGUGCAGCGGUUAAGCUCUCAGCUGCUAACCGAAAGGUUGGCGGUUUGAACCCACCAGCCGUUCCAUGGGAG